AUGGCAGACCCGGACAACGGUUGGCGUUUUGCCCAGUGUUUUGGGGACAAGGGAGACGUUGAGGAUGUAACAGAAGCCGAUAUCAUAUCGGCCGUGGAGUUCGACACGUCUGGCGACUUCCUUGCGACCGGAGACAAAGGUGGACGCAUUGUUUUGUUCGAAAGGAACGAAGGCAAAAAGGGCUGUGAAUACAAGUUCUACACGGAAUUUCAGUCGCACGAGCCAGAGUUCGACUAUUUAAAGAGUUUGGAGAUCGAGGAGAAAAUCAACAAGAUUAGAUGGUGUAGACGCCAGAAUGCCGCUCACUUCCUCUUGUCUACCAAUGACAAAACGAUCAAGCUCUGGAAGAUUUUCGAGAAGCCCCUAAAGGUCGUUUCAGAGACGAAUCUACCGGUAGACGCUACACCAGCACGAGGAAAUCUGUCCAAAUCGUCACUCAAACUACCGCGCUUGAUACACCAUGACACGAUGAUUGCCGCAGUACCACGGAAGAUAUACCAGAACGCCCAUGCCUACCAUAUCAACUCCAUAUCAGUGAACUCUGACGGCGAGACAUAUCUCUCCGCGGAUGACUUACGGAUCAACCUUUGGAACCUGAACGUUUCCGACCAGAGUUUCAAUGUCGUCGAUAUCAAACCUGUGAACAUGGAAGAGUUGACGGAAGUCAUCACCGCAGCCGAGUUCCAUCCAUCGCAGUGCAACUUGUUUGUGUAUAGCAGCAGCAAGGGGACAAUCAAGCUGAAUGAUAUGAGAAUGGCAGCCUUGUGUGAUCGCCACUCGAAGCUGUUCGAAGAGGAGGAGGACCCACAAAACAAGUCAUUUUUCUCGGAAAUCAUUUCGUCGAUAUCCGACUUGAAGUUCAGCCGGGAUGGACGUUACAUCUUGUCGAGGGACUACCUGACGCUCAAGAUCUGGGACAUUAACAUGGAAUCAAAGCCCGUUCAAACGAUAAAUAUACAUGAUCAGCUCAAGAGCAAGCUCUGCGACCUCUACGAGAACGAUUGCAUAUUUGACAAGUUCGAGUGCACAUUCAGCGGGAACGGCCAGUCUGUUUUGACGGGAUCUUACAACAACUACUUCCACGUGUAUGACUUGGAAAACAACAACGACGUUGUCCUACAAGCGGACAAGAGCGCGUUCAAGGCAAAACGAGUAGGAUCGACAAAGAACAAGCCAGGGGCAACGGGUUUUGCCAACAACCGAAAACAGCGGUCCGAGGACAUCUCCUUCUCAGACCCCGCCGACUUUUCCAAAAAGAUUCUGCACGCGUCCUGGCAUCCUCAGGAGAAUACCGUAGCACUGGCCGCGACAAACAACUUGUUUUUGUUCCAACAAUAG